GCCGAUGCCAACCGGACCGGGGCGCUCAAGAAGCCGACCGAGAUCCGGGUGCUGGACGCCCUCAGGCGCAUCUUCAUCGUCAACAACGCUCCUCUCCCUCCUUCCCCUCUUCAGCACCACUGGAUCGUCGACUGCUACGGGCACGAGUACAUCGAGUCCACCGGCGGCAAUGCCGCGGGGAGGGACUGGGCCAUGUACCACUCGGUCUCGUACUGGAAGUUGUGCAACGGGCAGUCGGUGGGGACGCAUUGGGUGACGCAGGGCGCGCUGCCGCCGACAGCCAUCGUAGGCCGCAUGGCGCGGCAGGUCCUGAGCACCCUCCAGUUCCUCUACACGGCUGGGCCGAGGCCGCUCUACCACCGCGACGCCCACCUGGGCAACGUCUGGAUCCACUGGCCCUCCGCCUCCUCGGCCAACCCCGCCAACCACGACGACGACAAAGGUGACGAUGCUGCCGCCCUGCCGCUGCCCGACUUUUACCUGGGCGACUUUGGCGAGGCCGCUUUCGACGAUGAC